AUGUUGGUAGCAAUGUGUCAAUGUCUGAGGUCAUAUUUCACCUUUGUUUUUUAACGUAACUUCUGAUUUGUACUUUGUGAAUUAUUUUUGUCUAGAAGUUAUGUAUGUCAGUAUGGUGAAAUGUUUUUGCUUUCUGAUUAUCGCGUAAUUUAUUUUGAUAUUUAAAUUGAAAAAAAAAAGUCUGAAUAUUGUUUUAAUUUGUGUAUAUAUUAAUAUUAUCUUGAAGAUGUCAAAAGCAGCAAGCCCAACACGAUUUUCCGGCGAAUACGACCAUUUCUACGACCCCAGCUUUACUGCAGACAUAAGCCAGAAAAUGAGGGUUCCGAAACGAAUCAGAGUAGAUGGUGUACUAGAUGAUGAAGAUGCUAAUGCUGGGAGCAAUUGGAAGAAUGAUACGGAAAAAUUUGAAAUGAUCGUACCGGACAGAAUAUUAGUUGCAGGGGAAGAUCGCCACAUUGGGACCAGAGCUCCGCCUAGGGAGCUGGUGUUGGAGAACUCAAUCAUGCCCGCGACUGUUGAAUCCGUCAGAGUUGUCACGCCGCCGCGGGUCAUCAAGCUGGACGAGCACUUCUUCCCCUCGGCGGGCGAGCCCCUGCCGUCCUUCGUCCAGGAGCUGCCCGCCAGCGAGGAGACGACCGCCGUCGUCAAGCCCAAGGUGCGCUACGUCGACAAGGUGGCAAACAGGGAGUCGACGCCUCCGGUGGGCGAUGGUCUGACGCUGUCGGAGGAGGUGCAGCACUUACGUCGGCAGAUGGCCAAGAUGAACCGCCGCCUCAUGGCCAUGGAGCUGGACAGCCUGCAGCGGCAGCAGCGGGAGAAGAUCAUCUACGCCGUUGGGUUGGCGUACCUGCUGGUCAAGACUGUGCUGUGGCUCGGCCGGGUAUAGCCUCCUUCAGGGAGACCAGUUCACGUAGGAACUCUUUUGCCGGCGAUAUGCUAAAUGAUAAAAUCCUCUGUUUGACGCUGAUUACCUGAUGCAUUUGCUCACACCGUUUCCUAAGCCUUAAUUUUUUUUGUGGUGAAAAACUAAACUCACGUUCUUCAGAUUUAUUUUCUUUAAUGUUACAGAUUCUACCUCAAAAUUUUGUUGCUAAUACAUUUGUUUUAUUUCGCUCUUCAAAUACAUUCAAAAAAAAUUUUUUAGAUGGCAUGAAAAUAGUGUGAGCAAGUGUCUUCAGUUCUAAAGUGGUAUCGUAAUUUCAUAGUUAAUUAAAAUAGUAAUGUAGAAAAAUCUGAAGCCAGUGUGUUUUCAAUACUGAAUAAUUUAAUUGUUGGACAUCUGGCACAAUCUUGCCACUGAAGUUUUUUUUCUUUCUAAUUUAAUGCAUACAUAUUUAAUUUCCUGCUAUUUUAGGUGCUACUGUUGUCUGCUUGUGAAUACAUGUUUUUGCAGGGCUGAUUUCUUUUUUGUUUAUGACUGAUAUGAAUCUGAUUACAACCAAAUAGGAAUAAAAAAAAUUGGAAAUUUUCCUCAGGUUUUACCUAAAAAGAAUGAUUGCACUUAUUAUAUUGGUUCAAGAUAAAACUGUUCAUAGAAUAUAAUUCAAAAAAUUAAGUAGCAUUUACAUGCACUUUGCUAGCUCAUGCAGGACAGUAUGUUAGUAUUCUGAUAAUGAAAACUAAUUCCUAUUCUUAAAUGUAUUCCCUCAAGUACCUACAUAUUUUGUACUGCAUGCCUUUCAGGACUUCAACCUUCUAGUCUAUAUCAUGUUCCCUACCUGUCAUACCAUAAGUAUACAAUUUGUUUCCUUAUUUGCAUUAGACUAUAAAUAAGAGCGCUAGUCAUGCCAUACUCAAGUUGUAGUAACUUGGAACAUAAGUUGGGAACAUGUUGGGGUUUGUCUGAUGUGCACAUGCUAGCGUGGUCACAUUCAUCUGAUCGUAAGUUAAGUGUUUCAUAGUAUGUUAAAGAAAACACGUCCCAACAGUAGAUGGUUGUUUUUACGUGUGUGGUACUAAAUGAACAAAAAUGGUUACUUGUAGUCAAAAGUGCAGUUUUGGACACCAUUAAGUACAAUGGGGCAACAUGUAUUUUUUGUACCUAACCAGACAAGCCUAUUAAAUAAUUGCCAUUUGUGUGGUUUCAAAACUAGAUACGUAGUUUCUGCAUCCGAAAUUAUAUGAAAUUUUAGAUGUACUGGUAAGUUAGUGUAGGUAUGGAAAACAAUUUUAGGGACGUGUGAUUCUUGAUUAUUUACUAGGAAUGAAAUCAAAUUACUGUCAACGUUUUGACAUUUUCGUCCAAUUCAGAACCUUAUAUUUAUAGAAAAUAGACCCACCUAGUCAAGAAAAAGCUCUCUAUCCGUUGAUCCUUCUGGUGUCAGGGUCUGGUGAGGUUUCGCGUGUUGAGUCGAACUAAACCGCAUGCUCCACUCCUGGCACACGGUGCCCUUUCUUCAGUUCCUUCGUUUCAGCGACUCUUCUUCAUCCACAACUCACAAGUUCUUGUUUUGCUUGAAGCUGCCUGCUGAGUCGUCGGAGGAACUAGAGCGGAUUGGUAGCUGGUGAAUUCAGAAUCCAGUUUGCAGAUGCUCUAGUUAAAAAUGAAAUUAAACCUGUGGUUGCUCGAUUGUUAAGGAAUAAGAAAUGAAAUUGCAUUUUUAAUAUUCAGAAUAGCUGGCAGCGGCAUUCAAUUAAUUGUGCUCGACAGUUUGUCAUCAGUCUUUAAAUGGACCUUUUUUGAAAUGAUACUCGAAUACUUCAUACUUGUGCACAUCAUCAUUGCAAUCUCUCAUGGCUGCAGAUUUAUUGUUACUCUUCAGUUAAUAAAACUAAACAUGAUUUUUCUUUGCAAGCGUAUAUUUUUUGUAAGAAAUAAAAUCCAACAUAAAAUUAAAACUAAAUAAAAAUGGCAUGGCUAACAAUAAGGUAUUUUUGUAAGUAAAAUGUUGUGUCUUUCAUAUGCCUCUGAGACUGAUGAUACAGUUUCUAACUAAAUGCUAUGUUUAAGCAACAUAAAAGCUUCUUUUUUUUUUGUUUUAAUUAGGGAUGUCAAAGUCUUUAAGGAAUCUUAAUGAUCUGUAAAAGCAAUAACCAAUAAUUGAAGCAUCAAAAACCAGUUACUUCAAACAACUUAGGAAUGUUUUAUUAAUGUAUUUGCAAUGUAAUUAAUAUAUAUAAAAUUUGGAUUUUUAACUUUGUAUAAGUUAGUCUGGAUUAAUAAAAGUUUUUGGUUUUAAUAAUAUCUAUAAGGCAUUACUCUAAUAAAAGAUUUUAUUACCAUUGUACUAUGACAGUAACGCUUUGAUGUUUUUAUUUUUUACAUAGUUCUUCAAUUAAAUGUAAUAAAUUAAAAAUUCAUGAAUUCUAGAAUCAUAAAUUAAAAAAAAAAAAAAUGUUACCUUUAACAUCCCUAAUUUAAGUCUAUUAUUUUUAGAGGCAUAUCCCUCUGUGUGAUCAAACAGUACGUUAAGCUUCAGAAUAACACGUGCAAUUAAAAACUACUCAAGAUGUCUGUGCGGCAUUGUGUGCACAUAAAAUUUGUAUUCGUCGUGCUCACCUCAAAAGUUCUCAAAUUUUUGGUGGGCAUGUUAUGAGCAUAUAUUCAAAAAAAAAUUGUUUGAAAAACUAAGUAUUGGAAUCAUAGGAACGUUCAUUAAUACUUUAUUAUUGUUAUUUUUACACAUCAAAAUUUUAGGAUUACAACUAAGUCCAUUUGUUGCAUAGACUGCAUCUUCGUUUAGAUAUUUGCACUAAAAGGUGAUACCGUAUUGGCAUGUGCUGGCAAACUUCUGACUAGUAAUUUCACCUCACUAACACAAAUAUGUCCGUAGCUAGAUGGUUUCCUCAAUUGGUGUGCCAUAAUAUAUGUUUUAUCAGUCCUAGUCUUCAAAAAAAAAUUUAUGCUUUGAUUUGUACUGAACAAUUCCUUGAAGCAUUUCUUAGGUAUAAAAACAGAAAGGAACUUUUUUUUUUUACUAACGGUUGUAUUUCCGAAUUGUUACUACUUUAUAUUAAUUAAAUAAUAUCUAAAGAAUCAACUGGAGUCAGAUUAAUUUUUACAGCCAAACUAGUAAUAUUGAUGAACAAUUCUAAACUUUUCAUUUUUACCUCAGUUACAUGAGGAUGUUAAACCUAUUGUUUUGAUUGUCUCCCUUAAAAGCCAAUUAACUUAAGGUUCUGGUGUUCAUCUCGCACAGUGAAAAUAACUUACAACAUGGCUAAGGAUAUAAUACCGUAUAAACCCACAUACCACCCGCACCUUUUUUCAAAAAAUCAGGUUCGAAAAAGUAGGGUGCGGGUGUUACACGGGUCUUGGGCCAUUUUAGCGCGGUGACGAAAUAACGCCGGCGUGACUGGAGAUUGCUGUGAUAGAAAAGAGGAGUAGGGGAAAAGGAGGGGAAGGAAGCGGCAGACAGUUAAGGUCACAUUCCUCACAGCGUUGUCACGCUGCAGCUUCGCUGGUUACAAACGCGCGCUCCCAUGCAUUGUCCUAUCCUCAUUUGCAAAGUACCCAGUGGUUUUACACGUGUGUCGGCUGCAACUAUUGUAAUGAAUCGUAAAAAGUUGCGUUCUUUCACAGUUGCGGAAAAAUUAAAAAUAAUCAGUGAAGCGGAAGAAAUCGGUAACCGUGUUGCUGGGCGAAAAUAUGUCGACGAAUCAUGUAUGAGGGAUUGGAGGAAAAGUAAAGACAAACUGUUUUCGGCCAGUGGCGAUAGACGUGUGUUCCGUGGUGCGGUAGCAAAGUUUCCGGAGAUAGAGGAAAAACUCCACGACUACAUCAGGACAGACGGCAAUUCGAGUGCGCUGUAAGCAUGGAAAUGUGUUCGCUAAAGGCGCUGCAAAUUGCUCGUGAACUUGGCGUGGGUGAAGGCUUUAAAACAAGUAGGAACUGGAUGCGCAGGUUCAUGGUAAGAAAGGGUUUGUCCAUGAGGCGGCGUACUACAAUCUGCCAGCGUUUACCGACAAGCAACGAUGAGAAAUUAAUAGCAUUUCAGAGGCAUGUGUUAAAGCUGCGGAAGCUGUAGAAUAUGCCACAUUUAGGCACAAGGUUUUUUAUUAUGCAUGUAAUAAAAAUAGUUUUUAUUAUGCGUGGCUAGGACUCGCGUGCUUUAUCGUUUAUUUUGUUUGAACGAGGUCAUUGCCCAGCGCACGAUAAUGGACGCGGAAGAUUGUAACUGUAAACAGCUGGGAGCUGGGCAAGGUCACGCGCACACACGGCGUGUUGUUCUCGAUCGCGCGUGGCGAUGCCACGUUCUACUCGCGCCAUGUUGCCACAUUGCAGUUGCCUGCCUUCUGUACACUUUUAACGCAAAUGCCGAGGCUUUAAUAAGUAGCAUAGUACUUUUUUGAUAAUUCUUUACGAUUUGUUACUGGUUGAAAAGAAAAGAAAUCACGACUAAAUUAUUUUUUUUCCAUGCAGAUUUGCAAUAAAAACAUUUUUUCCCACCUUGGCAUUCUAAAAAUAAGGGCACGGGUCUUACCCGGGGGCGGGUGGUAAGUGGGUUUAUACGGUACUUCAAAGAUUAUUGGAAUUCAGUGUUUCUCAACAACUUUUAAAUGUCCUUGUCAGGGACAAAAUCAUAUGGAUUGCAACCAAACCAAAAUAUAAGUUAAAAACAAAUUUUCUCUCAAAUGUUUUUAUGUGCAAAAAUCAAUUGGUGUCAUUAUUUUAGCAGUAUAAUAAAACCAAUAACAGAUCAUUUCUUUUUUUUUAAAUGAAACCGACCAAAAGAUAAAGUAUAAAAUUCUAAUCAUAAAGAUUUUAAGAUUUAACCACCUACUCUUAACUAUCACAUUAGCUUGUGUGAUAGUUGCCAUCAAUAAUUCCUACUCAAUUAGGUGUUUCAAAACUUAAGUUCUGAAGGGGGGGGGGGGGGGUAAACAAUUGCUAAGUACCGAAUUUACCCGCAAAUGGAUGCAUAUUUUAUGUCGAUGUUUAGUUUAAAAAAAUUUUGUGCGAUUCUUAUGCAAAUUUAUAAUCUUGCGUGAAAAAAAUUUUUAAUUGUGGUGUGCCAUGAGUAGAUGUGUAAAUAACUAUCCUGUGUUAGUUUUUUUUAAUAAGUAUGUUACGAGUAAGUAUAAAUUGUUUAGUUAAAACAUCUGAGCAGCACAUGCACAAAUAAGCUGAGACUGCACUGUAGACAGAUACAGAUAUAUGGACAACUCGUACUAGAGGGCUACCCUUACGACAAAAAAGUUGUAUUAGUGUGACCCAAAUUACAGCUGCGACCUAUAUGCUUGGGGCAACUCUUCUGCGGGUAAAAACGGUAUUGUGUAAUUUUACUGUUACCAAUGACAGCGACGUGCACAUCAAUAUUUCACUGCUCUUUAUUUAACUUCAAAGAGUAAUUGUGAAAAUUAGGAUCGUGGACAGCCCCACCAAACUGUUGAGACUAAAUUUUGUGUGGGAUAAAGUGCAGAUCUGAGAGAAAUAUAUCUUAGGGUGAAUGGUGAAAAUCACAGCUUGAUUAUCAUUAUUAUUGUUCUAAACUGAAAUAGUAAAUGGUUCAAAUUCCUUGUUUUUUAAUCCUGAGACACUAUUAGGAGUACCUGGUCAUUAUCAACUACUGCUACGAGACAGUUAUAUCUACUAUAUACUUUUGCGUGUUUCCAUGAUAUCAAGACCUUAUAUAAGGUUCUUUUCUGUUUUUCUUAACAAUUGAUAUUUAUCAUUAAAAUGGUUAUCUGUUAUAAAACUCAAACAGAUAAAAUAUUGGGAAAAACAAUUAUAACGCAGCAAAUCCAAUGUUGGUUAUAAGCAUGAGACAUUUAUUUACUAAUUUUACCUUAAUGAUUUGGUGGUUAAUGGAAGUGCUCUAUUGAGAGCACUUUUUUUUUUAUUUUUUUUUUUUAAUUAUUGUUUAGUGCUGCCAUAAAUUAAGAGAGAGUGUGAGCUGUGUGGUGCAUUUCAAAUAACUUAGUUUUAUUCUGCUUAGUUGCCGUGUGUUAAAUUUUCACAGCAAAAAAAGAUUUGUGACUGCCAUUGCAAAGAGGCACAGUGCACAUAGUGUAAAAAAUAGUACAAUUUCAAAAUCAAACUUUGAAUGUUUUCAGGUUCUGGGGACUCUUCAGUACAUGUUGUAAUAAUUAUAUAUGUAUGUAUGUUUCUAGUGAUCACUAGAUAUUUUUUUUUACAGUCUAUGUAUUUGUAAAUAUCUAUCAGAUACAGUAGAACUCCUUUUUACAUUUUCCAGUUAAUUGUGCCAUUUUAUUUCAGUCCCGUUUUGACCUCAUUUGAUGCAAUGAAUAAAUUCCCGCUGAUUACAACACGCCUACAAUCAAUCUGCUUCCCACAAUUUACGCCUCUGUUAUUUCCGUGUUUGUCAUGUACAGCAUACAUAUGAAGAUAACACUUUUGUGUGAAAUACUAAAUCUAAAAUGCUGUUGGGAACACUAGUGCUGUAGCUCCUGGAUUUUUCAAUGUGUUCUUACAUUAAAAAUCAUAUUUACAGGCUGCCAAUACUGGCAUUAUAGUAGCAGACUUUGAGAAAAUGAGCACACACACUAAAGUUCAUAGAAAUUCUGACUGUCCAUCAGUAAAUUAUACAACUAGUACUACAUAGUUAUUAUUUAUGGUAUUCAUAUUUGCAAACGUCAGUUAAUGUCGACAGUGGCAAAUUUAAAUGUCAAGAGUAAAAUUUUAUUAUCUUUUACUCUAUUGAGUAAUAAAUAAAUUUUUAUCUGUAUGCAUUUUAUCAAGAUAGUGGCAUUUAAAAGAUAGAAAACAUUUUCAAUUGAUUAAAAACUAAACUUUUUAAAGAGAGUGGCUGAGCACAAAAGUACUAGUUUUUCACUCAUUGAGGGGUUAGGCGUACUUAUUUCAACUCUGAUACAUUUCUCUUAUUUUAAAUUUUCAGACAACCCUUUCAAUAGUGUAACAAAAAGGGGUUCUACUGUGUGUUAAGAUAAUUGUUACCAAAGAUAUCUAAUAUACAAAUAGUUUGGGAGCUGUAGUAGUUGGUAAUGUUUGUGCAUUCAAAAUAUGUUAUAGUAUUGUAUUGUUAAUACAUAAUAUAAAUUGUAUUUAUAAAAUAUAUGGAAAUGUGACCUACACUAAACCCUUUUAACCAUUUUUUUUUACUCUGCUGUUAUGUUAAUGCUUAUUUAUGUACAUGUCACACUCAUUUGCAGUGUUAAGAGGAAAUCAACUUAUACUGUAAAUUUUACUAUGCAAAACUCAUUUUGUAAAUAAUGUUUUUAACUGGAAUAAGGGAUUUUUAUGUAUAAAGUAUUGCUGCUGAUUGA